AUUUAAAAAUCAAGCAUGGUAAUCAACCGUUGAAACAUAUGACCCGUUAUACAGUGGGUAAAAAAGUGAAUGACUUACAUAAUAAACAAGUCAGUGAAAUACGUAAAGCGAUGAACAGUGCACGUUACGUUUGCACAACAGCUGACAUUUGGACUGGUUCAAAUAGGAGAUUUCUAGGUGUUACUGCUCACUGGAUAAGAAAUAUUGACGAAAAAACUCUAGACAGAAAAUCGGCAGCUUUAGCAUGCAGGCGAUUUCCCGGAACUCAUUCGUUUGACAAUAUUGCGGAGAUGUUAGAAGGAAUCCAUACAACAUUUGGAUUAACAUGUGAUAAAAUUAUAGCUACAGUUACGGAUAAUGGAUCUAACUUUGUGAAGGCUUUCCAAGAAUUUGGUAUAGAUGACCCAGAAUGUUUUUCACAAGGUGAUUAAAAUAUUCAUAUGCGAUAAAGUUAAAAAGUACGGGCACGGCUAGGUUACGAAUCUAAUUAGGAAAAUAUGCCAUA